AUGACCAAGCAGACGAAACCACUUGUGGAGGUCCCCGAUCGGCCUGUCAGCUUUGUCCCUGUAAAGGGAGGCGAUGUCCUUACUCUGGGACAUUUGAAACUCCGAAUAAUGGAAGAUGGCUCGAACACAGACAUGCGCUUCAGCGCUGCCGAGAUUAUAAUCCCAGAAGGCACACGAGGGCCACCGCCACACUGGCACGAAAUGCACGACGAGUCAUUCCUCGUCACGGAGGGCGUUGUGAGGUUCCAUAUCCCUGGAAAGGACCCGGUCGACGCCCAUGCAGGCGACUAUGUCGUCGUGCCAACUCGCAGCCCGCACACCUUCUCGAACAUCGGACCAGGAACGGCCAAGAUCUUCAGCACGUACUCGCCGGCGUUUUAUGUCAAUUAUUUCAAGCUCAUGAGCGAGAUGUCGGAGGAGGGCAAGCCGAUGAGUGCAGAGGCCAAUGUCAAGGCGAUGGCCUACUAUGCGACCAUUCCUGUGGCUGAGCCGUGA